AUGAUGUUGCUUUAUCCCUGUUUGCCCCACACACAGUGGUGUGACAAGCUGGAGGCUGGCAAGGCGCAGGGGGAGGGGGAGGGGGAGGCACGGACUGGGGAAGGUGCAUCUGCAGGGAAGGCGAAGGGGGGUUCGUCCAUCGAUGCGCUGCUGGCGAAUGAAGUGGCAGCACUCAAGAAACAGGUGCGUGCGUGUGGAGAGGGGGUUGAGGAAACAGGUGUGUGUGUUUUGCAGCGGCUCACAGCACAAACACCCAUCACUUCCCUCUCUCGCAAUCCUCUUUUCCCUCCCUCUUCCUCCCCUUGCCCCUCGUCUUGUCCCUCCCCUUGUCCUGAACGCUCUCACCUGCCUCGGUUCGUGAGUGUGGAGUCUGGGUGCAAGGCACUGCUGUUCGUGAGGAUUAGAGAGGAUGCCAGGAAGGGGGGGAAGGGAGAGAAGGGAGGAAAGCAGUUGGAGGAGGGAGAGGAGAAGGAGGAGGAGGGUGAGAAGGAGGAGGUGGGGAAGACGGAGGAAGGGGAAAAGGAGGAGGAGAAGGGUGAAGGAGACAAGGAGGGGAAGGAGGGGGAUAAGGCCGGGGAAAAGGAGCAGGAGAAAGAGCAGGAGGAAGAGGUUACAGGAGGAGGAGAGAAGGAACCGGAGAAGGAGGGACAGGGAGGGGAGGGGGAGAAAGGGGAGGCAGGGGGAGAGCAGGGAAGGGUGUCGCCGUGUGAGUUGGCAGAGGCGGUGCUGCGGCAUGAUGCCAAGGCCACCCAGCAGUCAGCCACUCGGUGGGUGUGGGGUAGUGGGUGUGGGGCAGUGGGUGUGGGGCAGUGGGUGUGGGGCAGUGGGUGUGGGGCAGUGGGUGUGGGGCAGUGGGUGUGGGGCAGUGGGUGUGGGGCAGUGGGUGUGGGGCAGUGGGUUGGGUGUGGGGCAGUGGGUGUGGGGCAGUGGGUGUGGGGCAGUGGGUGUGGGGCAGUGGGUGUGGGGCAGUGGGUGUGA